UGAUUUCUAGUCACAGUUAGUCACUCUGAGCCUAUCACCACACUGCUUUAAGCACCGGUUCCAUUCACAUCAGCUUCGAACAGCACUCACACACGUUGUCUGAAUCCUACAUACAUACAACUUGCCUCGAGCUUUUAUUGUUUUUCCUAUACCGCGAUGAGCAAUCCAGGAUUACCUACCCCAAAUCCUCCUUAUUCCUCAUACUUCAGGCGCCGUACAAUCGGUCGAGCUUCCUCUCCCCCAACAUGGGCCUGCUAUGAACAAAUUCCAUCUGACGAUGAUGAUGAAGACUACAAUGAAAGUCCUUCAGAAGAUGAGUCUUGCUCGGAAGACGGGGAGGACUACGGCCAUCACGACCGUGAUUCUGAAGGGGAUCAUGCCGUAAAUAGUGAGAGGCAGGAUGAUACGCAGAACAUGGAGAUCGAUCGAGGUGAUAAUGGAGCUGACGAUGAGAAGAGUGCCGCAAAGUUUAAGAAGGACAUGAAGGGCAAACAAAAAGCCCUUGACCCUGAGCCAGAGCCAACAAAGAAGCAUUAUCGCAGACGAGAGCGCCGGCCCACCAUGCAUACACUUCGUCCGAUCUUGACCAUUCAAAGGAGUCAAGGUUUUGUAUGGAACCAGGAUCUAUUCGUCCCUCCUUACAUUAAAGAUAGAUAUGUCGCAUCUACCUCACCGCCAAGCUCAAAAGGCUUUUCCAGCUCCUGGACGUCAACUACAUCUUCAAUGACCGAUUAUGAGGUAGAAGUGGUAGAGAUCCGAGUCGGAGAUGGUGAACUCUAUGAUAUUAUCCCUUGAUUCACAUUCUUUCCGUUCCUCCCCGUGAGAUCGGGAGUCUUUUCACCCUGGAAAUAUCGGGUACUCGCAUUUCUUCCUCCCUAUCUUGCAUAUCACGAACUGGUUCUCCUUUCGCCAUGUUGUUUUACCACCACACUUCCCUUACUCUCACCGCGUACUAAACUUCAUUUCCUUGUGUUAAUAACGAUCAUUAGACUCUUAUAAAUAUUACAAUGUUCCUUUCCCCCUUCAC